CAUACCCCACCUUAGCAUUCGCUUCUAAGCUUCGAAUCCUCUGAGCAACCCCAGCGGUGAUGCCAGGAUCGUCGGAGGCCUGGGCAAGUGGCCCCUCAUCGUCCAGCCCGACGCGCGGCCUCGCGCGCGCGCCGUUCCCGAUAUCUGGGCGGCUGGCGCGCGCUGCGGACUUAUGAUCCAGCGCUCCGACAGCUCAGCGUACUGGGACGCCGAGGCCUGGGAUCCGGACGAGCGCGUCUACGCCGGCAGCGCGCAGGACGGCUGCGACAGGUUCGCCGUGGAGAGGCAGCUGUCGAGCGGGGGCGAGGAGGUGCAGGGGCCCAAGCCCGCGGCCGCCGACGGGCAGAAGGGAGACGAUCCCGGAGACGACGACGGCAAGUUCUGGGACAACCAGGUGGGCGAUGCCGCGGGGUUCGCGAUGCCCGCGAUGCUCAGGCAGUUGUCGCCCGUGGGAGAGUUUGAAGUGAAGCUGGCAUCCGCCGAGAUGCCUCCCGCCGACGGCACCGACUACUGGGAUACUGGCAUCUUGGGCGUGGACGCCCCACCCGCGCAGCGGCCGCCGCCCGCCGCCAAGAGCGACAAGGGCGACAGGCCCAGCAUGAAGCGCGUGGACAGCGGCAGCUACUGGUUCGCGGAGCAGUGGGACCCCGACUGCCGUGUGUACACCGGCGCGGAGGCCGGGCAGGGCAACCACCUGGUCGCGGUGCUCGAGAGCGGCGGCGAGCAGGUCUUCCGCACGUGGUUCGGGGGCCUCACGUCGCGCACCCUCGGCACGGAGGCGGAGAUAGGCGCCCCGAUCACACUCGCAGAGUACAUGGGCUCCUCCCCCAGCGUGAAGGACCUGUACGACAUCGAGGCCCGCUCGGUUGGCGCGGGCGCCUUCGCAGAGGUGCGGCCUGGGAAGCACAGGGCCUCGGGCACCAGCUGCGUGGUGAAGGCGCUCAGCAAGAUCGACGUCGGCCCCAAGUAUCUGAAAGCGGUUCAGGACUUCACAUACAGGAUGCUGCUGAAAGCGUCGCUGGAAACGCCGCACGAGAAUCUCGUGAGGUACUUGGACUUCCUAGAGGGCCCCGACCACUUCUUCGUGGUCAUGGAGCAGCUGGAGGGGAACGACCUUCUGGGAAAGGUGGAGGCCGACCACCCCUUCGAGGAGGCGUACGUCAGGAAGGUCUUCCAGCAGGUGCUGGUGGCCCUGGAUCACCUCCACUGCACAGUGGGCCUGGCACACCGCGACGUGAAGUUGGCAAACUUCCGCUUCCGCUCGGGCAGCGAUUCUGGCCUGGCCUUGCUGGACCUGCAGUUCUGCUGCCCGGCUGACGCGGACUGGGACCAGCAGGCUUGCGGCACACCCGCGCUCAUGGCGCCCGAGGUGACCGCCAAGGCCGUGCAGAAAGGCCUCCUGACGGCGACGGACGUGUGGUCCGCCGGCGUGAUAUUCUUCAGGCUCAUGGCCAAGGAUUUUCCGUUCGCGGAUCAGCAGGAGAUGGACGUGGUCUCGAAGCUCGGCCCGGAGGCAGCGGCGCUGGUCGACCGGGCGGUGGGCAGCCCCAAGCUGGCCGGCUACUCUGGCGAGGCGCGGGACCUCCUGCGUUCGUUGCUGACACUGGAGGCGGGCCAGCGGCCGACGGCCAAGCAGGCACUGGAGCACGCGUACUUCAGGUAGACUGCCACAGCAGGAGCAGGUCUGCCGAAUCAGCCUUGGUUGUUGAGGUGCAUAGCCGCAGGUGAUGGCCAGGCGUGUUGUAAAUAAGAGCGCAGUGUAGGAGUCCGUGGAAUAUCCGGUCGCCAGAAGCUGGUGCUUCACAGUCGUCGACGCAUCGCGCGGGUGGUCAUUGCCGUCGUCAUCUUCCGUUGCGCAGGCUCCGUUUGGGAAAACUGAUCAUUAAGUUGGGCCUCGAAUUGGAUGUCCAAUCGAAGACUCUAGAAAGUCUGGGGUUAGGUUCGUGCACCUCGUGCUGGUGAUUCUGGCACGCCUUUGGCCCGUGGGGCCGGCGAAUUGCUGCGCCUUGAAGGGGUUGUGAUUUUUCAAGCCAGGUUUCCCGCAGAACCCCGCACAGCAUGUGAAUUUGGGGCGCGCCUUGCGUGCUGCACCCAUGCUUUAUUUUCAAUGCUCGUGACUCGUCAGGUAAGUGUCGCUUCGACUUUGGCUGUUUACUGUAUGUUCCGGCGCGCGUCUGGGCCGAGCGUUCCUGCCGUGGGAUCCUCACUGCCCAGGCCCUGGAGGCUUCUCGCUGCUCGUGCGGCCAGAGUCAUUCGUCUUUCGGCGCGCGGGAGAAAAGCGGCC